UCGAAAAAAAAAGUUGUCAUUCCUGUUCUGCUAAUGCUUCCUCGACGAAAAAUGCCACAGUUAUCUGCUUUGCAGCUGAUGACAUAUUUAUCCUUUGCCGGUAUCACUUGCAGAUGUAUACUUAUAGAUGCUAUCCUAUUAUCCUUUUACCUAUAUCUGGAGCACCCAGUAGAUUCACGUACACGGUGGAUUCAAACGGGCUAAUGUUCGUACAGGACGAAAAGGGAAUUCCAGUAUGACGACGUGGUUACAUUGUCGCGACGCGCGACGACCGUAAUCCGCGAUCUUGAGGAAAACUAAAUAAGGAAGUGGUCAAAUAAAUUCGAAACACAAACGGUUUCGACAAACAACCAGCACGUCGUGCACGCAAGCCGUCAAGAGAAGUUGUUGGCGGCUGGAAUAGCCCUGUCUUCUUUUCCUAAUCGUCACAUCGCUCUUUCCACAUUCUUCUCAAGGAUGCAACUUGGAAACAACUUCUUGAAGGCUGGUCGAAUUUAGUAUCGCCUCUCCACGUAUUGGAUAUCCACGUGAUUGAUAACGAGAUUACUUCAUGAUGUAUUUUUGGCCAAUAAAUAGCUGCAACUCCCAGAGAGUUCUUCUGCUUCUACUUGUCAAACUGAAGGAUGCAACCAUGUAGAUUCUAGAGACAGACUGGAGGAUGAUGACGCCGCGCUUUACCGCCCUGACGCCGGUGCGGAAGCGAUGUCUGAUUGUGUUCCUGCUGGUUCUGACGCCCUGUGUAAUCCUUAACCUGUUAACGCCAUCAGACAUGCGCGAGGAAACUGUGUUGCAGAACAGCAUCGCCGAGAUGCAGGCCAAGGUGGAGCAUCUGCGUGCCAAGUACAUAAGCACCCAAGAGGAGAUAAAUCUGCUGUCGCAUCAGCUGUUGCAGUUGAUUGAGAACAAUCACAUUUUGCCAGAUUUACAACUGCUCAUCAACAACGGCACCUCCAACAUCACCAGUAUUAAGCUGCCCUCGAUCUACAAUUUCCUGCCGCAUUUUCUUAAUGAUCCGAACAGCCUGCGUCCGGCAUUCGUACAAAGUAAGGGUAGAUCAGGGGUGAGCAUGGUGCUGGGUGUGCCAACGGUAAAACGCGAGGUCCAGUCUUAUCUGAUGGCUACUCUGAAGAAUUUAUUGGACCGUAUGAACGCCGCGGAAACAGCGGACACGUUGAUCAUCGUUCUAGUGGCUGAAGCAGACAUGGACUACGUGACGUAUGUUGCGAAGCAAAUCGAAGUUCAAUUUCCGAACGAAUGUGAGGCCGGCGUGAUCGAUGUGAUAUCGCCCUCGUCAUCUUACUAUCCGGACUUGUCGAAAUUGCGUGAUACCCUUGGCGACGAUCAUCAGCGCGUCGUUUGGCGAUCCAAGCAGAACCUGGACUUCGCUUUCCUCAUGUCGUACGCCCAAACGAAGGGCACGUUUUACGUGCAAUUGGAAGAUGAUAUACUGGCUAAGAAGAAUUUCAUAACAACUAUGAAAUCUUUUGCAUUACAAAAAAUAGGCACGAAGGAGAAUUGGUUCGUUCUCGAUUUUUGUCAACUUGGUUUUAUCGGGAAACUGUUCAAAUGUGUGGAGUUGCCUUGGCUGAUCCAAUUCUUUUUGAUGUUUCACAAUGAUAAGCCUGUUGAUUGGUUGUUAGAUCAUUUGAUAUCAACAAAAGUCUGCAGUCUUGAUAAAGACAGUAAACAUUGCAAAAUGGCCAAGGCAGAGUUAUGGGUGCAUUACAAGCCUUCCCUCUUUCAACAUAUAGGCACGCAUUCUUCCUUAAAGGGAAAAGUACAGAAACUUAAGGACAAACAAUUCGGCAAGAUAACAUUGUUUUACGCGCAUGAAAAUCCCGAAGCAACCGUGGAAACUCAAAUUAAACCUUAUAAACAGUACACGCUGCAAAAAGCGUACAAGGGCGAGUCGUUCUUCUGGGGCUUGCUGCCGCAGCCGGGGGAUCAUUUGAAAUUUAAAUUUUCACAUCCUAUUUUUAUAAAGAAGUACUUAUUCAGGAGUGGAAAUCCUGAACAUCCGUCUGAUAGAUUUUACAAUACGACGGUGGAGGUACUGUCCGAGAUGUCCCCGUUGUUGGACAGAAACAGUAAUGACGUGACGGAGGAUGGCUACGUAAUUAUAGGUAAAUUCGAUGUGCUUGGAGUUGCUGAAGGGACGGUGGAUAAAAAAUUGGGGAGGAUAUCUGUACUUCGUUUAACUAUACAUAGCGAGAGCGAAAACUGGGCCAUUCUGUCUGAGAUUCACAUAAUAGAGGAUCAACCCAGCUGACUAACGGACGAAGACUCCCGAGCGUUGUUCCGGUACCACCUGCACGGUUAGCGUAAGCGGCUGCUUUGAUAAAUGUUUAUUAUUUUGAUAUCCUUUUAUUUCGCCAUCAUGCUAUUAUACAUUAUGGAUUUGAAUCGGUAACGUAACAAUUAUUAGUUCAAUACCGUCCACUACAAGAGAUAUUUUAAACUGUUAAAACGAAUCGGGCUUUCGUUAUCGAAAAAGCAUUUUAUAUGAUGUCUUUUUUAAUGAUAUAUCAUGCCUGCUGAAAUGUAAGGGUCAGAUAAAGUGCGAGAUGCCCCUUUGUAUUUUAAUAAACAUCUUGCGACUUGAAUAAUGGCACAUUGCUGAAUAUUGAAUUGUUUAGUAUAAAUGUUGUCUGCUUUGUGUAGGAUUUCAAUUUGGGGCAUUUGUUUAAUUGUAAUUGUUCGCGCGUUUGUUCCCUCACUGAUUUCUCGCGUUCAAAGCCGUUGCAUAAUGCGUGGCUCUCGCAUUUACAUAUAAGCGUAAACAUGAUUGUUCAUCUUGGCAUCGUCGAUGAUGAUUAUAUUAAACUUGUUGGCAAGCGAUUUGCAUCUGGAAAUGCAAAUUUGACAGAAAGCGCAGAUGCGAUAGAGCUAAACGUAUAUAAUACAUGUCGAAAUUUCUUGCAUAAGGGAAGAGAAAUGAUUUUGCGAAACGAGAUAUACUUAUAUAUAUAUAUAUAUAAUCUACACACAUGCGACUAUGUGCAAUAUGUAUAUAGUCUGUAACUUAUUUUUGUCCAGCGUGCAACACACAAGACACGGGUUCGAAUGUCUGUUGACGCUCGAUAAACGGUGAUAUGAGAAUUAUAUUCUUCUAAUAUAUGUACAAUUAUUUAUUUCACGUAGCUUUCUUUGUACGUAUGUAUGUAGGUAUGUAUGCAUGUAUGUAAGUACGUAUGAUGCGUGUAUGUAUGUACGUAUGUAUAUAUAUACGUAUGCGUGCAUAUAUAUGUAUUGAUAUAUACGUUUACACGUAUAUGCACACAUAUCUAUCCAUUGCUUAUACAUAAUAACAAUAAAAGUAUAUUUUUCUGA